AUGUGGCCGCCUCGCAAAUCCUUGAGGAAGGUGCUCGGAAGAGCGGGGUUUGUCUUCGUUCCCGCACCUCUUCUGCCUUGUGUGUGGAACAGAGAUCUGAAGUCCGCUCUUUACCGAGAUAUACCAAGCAAAGAAUUUAUCGCAUCGACUAUACGUGUCGAACUUACAGACCUUUACCGAGCUUGCCAUGCUCGUCGGGACGUGAUCAACGAAUUUGGCUGGGACAACUUUUGGUCCGACGUCAAGCAGCACGUUAGUUGGGCUAAGAACGAUGCGGAAAUUACCGAGACUCUUCUUGAGAGACUUGUCCAGAAAAUCAGCGAAGCCAGAGAGAAAUACCACGCAUUCAAAAUCAUACAAUCUCCUGAUGUUGAUACCUGCGACGAAUCUCUCUUCCAGGCCGUCGACACGUGGAUUGACUAUCUCCGCAGCUCGCAGAGUGACUACGCCCCCUAUUCGCACUUGGCUCUCCCGCAAACUACUACCGAGCCCCAGCAAAUUGUCGACAUGAUGGAAGGCCUAGUCCUUCAGCGCGCGGAGAACUCGUCAAUCCCACGAUCUAAGCAGUGGAAGCAGAAGGUUAAAGAGGCGCACAAGGAAGAGCUCGCUCAGGCUCGUGGAAGAUCGCAUCCGACAGAGAAAAUUGGAAAGAGAAAGAGAAAGGGAAGAAAUGCCGAUGCUGGCGCCCAAGGCAAUAUUGAGGACCAGGAGAUGAUCACGGUUCCGCGUGACUUGAAACGGACGAAGAGGGAGAAGGGUUCGCUGCUCGGCGGGCAUGACGCAUGA